CGGACAGACGGACGCUGCGCCAGCCUUGUCGCCACAGGACACAAGUGGACCCUGGGCAAGUUCUGCGCUACCAGUUGUCCGUGAUGAAUGGCCAGGCCCCUCCUCGUGAUGUCGUGGUUGCCAACGGCACCGAGCAGUCAACUGUCCCUACAAUCAUGACACACCAGAUGGGAGCCUGCACUCCUUCCUGGCCCCAAGCAGCGGCUGCCCCGCCUACCACAGUCAGAAGUAUUGCUGGGGUGUAUGUGGAGGCCUCAGGGCAGACCCAGAGCUUUUAUGCUGCCAUGAAGCAGGGCCUCCUGCCCACUGGGCUUGGGUUGGCUUUGCUUGAGGCCCAGGCAGCCACUGGGGGCCUCGUGGACCUUGCCCAGGGCCAGCUGCUUCCUGUGUCUGAGGCCCUAAGGCGGGGUCUGGUGGGACUGGAGCUAAAGGAGAAAUUGUUGGCUGCUGAGCGCGCAGUUACUGGCUAUCCCGACCCCUAUGGGGGUGGAAAGCUGGCCCUCUUCCAGGCCAUCAGGAAGGAAGUUGUAGACAGGACCCUGGGGCAGAGAUGGCUGGAGGUCCAGCUAGCUACUGGGGGCCUAAUGGACCCAUCCCAGGGUGUGAAAGUGGCUCCAGAGCUAGCCUGCCAGCAGGGCCUUUUAGAUAAGGAGACAUGGCUCAGCCUGUUAGAGUCAGAGUCCAGCUCGGGUGCCCCAGGUUUCUUUGACCCCAACACACUGGAGCAGCUACCAUACUGCACGCUGCUGGGGAGGUGCGUGCAAGACCCCAGCUCGGGGCUGCCUCUAUUGCCCUUGAAGACCACCUUCCGCACCCUGAGUGGGGCAGCCAGCGCGUCAAUGCUGCUGGAGGCAGGAGUACUAGAUGAGGAGACAGUCCGAGGCCUACAGGAGGGCACGCUGGUGGUGGCAGAUGUGGGCACACGUCCCGAGGUGCAGCGCUAUCUGGAGGGUACUGGGGGGCUGGCGGGGGUUGUCUUGUUACCCGGAGGCCACAAGAAGAGCUUUUUCCAGGCUACAGUUGAACACUUGCUCUCAAGGGGCAUUGCACUGCAACUCUUAGAGGCCCAGGCUGCCACCCGCACCCUCGUGCACCCAGCCACAGGCCAGCGUCUUUGGGUGGAAGAGGCGGUCAAGGCAGGCCUGGUUGGUCCAGAACUCCAUGAGCAGCUCCUGGUGGCAGAGCAGGCGGUGACAGGGUACUACGACCCCUUCAGCAGCUCCCGCGUCCCCCUUUUCCAGGCUAUGAAGAAGGAGCUUGUGGACCAGCCCCUGGCUCUGCGCCUCCUGGAUGCCCAGUUGGCCACAGGUGGCCUUAUAUGCCCAGCCCGUAAAUUCCGGCUGCCCUUGGAGGCUGCCCUGCGCUUUGGCUGCCUAGAUGAAGAGACUCAGCAAUGUCUCUCUCAGGCAACGGGCUUUUUAGAUCCCACCACACAUGAUAGCCUUCACUAUGAGCAGCUCUUGGUCCUCUCUGUCACUGACCCAGAGACAGGGCUUGCUUUCCUGCCCCUCCCUGGAGAACCCCAUGCAAAUGAGCCCCAGGGACCCACAUUCAUCGAUCAUUGUACUCGGCAGGUCUUGAGCAAAGCUACAACCUCCAUCUCUGUAGGGAGGUACCAGGGCCGACCUGUAUCCCUCUGGGAACUGCUCUUUUCUGAUGCAGUUCCCGUUAAGCAGAGGGCAAUGCUUGCCCAGCAGCACCAGGAAGGGGCCCUGUCAGUGGAGGAGCUGGCAGCUGAGCUGAAGACCAUUGUUGAGCAGGCUGCAGCCACUGCCAAAGUCACUUUUGCUGGGUUGAGGGACACCGUGACACCAGGAGAACUGCUGAAGGCUGAGAUAAUCAACCAGGACCUGUUUGAGCAGCUGGAACGUGGACAGACCUCAGCCCAAGAUGUGGGCAACCUGGAUUCGGUGCAGAGGUACUUGCAGGGCACAGGUUGCAUUGCAGGCCUAUUGCUGCCUGACUCCCAAGAACGCCUCAGUAUUUACGAGGCCCGUAGCAAGGGCCUCCUCAGGCCCGGGACUGCUCUGAUCUUGCUUGAGGCCCAAGCUGCCACGGGCUUUAUCAUUGACCCAAAAGAGAACAAGAGAUACUCUGUGGAGGAGGCACUGAGGGCUGGUGUCAUUGGGCCCGAUGUAUAUGCAAAACUGCUGUCUGCAGAACGUGCAGUGACCGGCUACACAGACCCCUACUCUGGGGAGCAGAUCUCACUCUUCCAGGCCAUGCAGAGGGACCUUAUUGUCAGAGACCAUGGCAUCCGCCUGCUGGAGGCCCAGAUUGCUACGGGUGGUGUCAUUGACCCUGUGCACAGCCACCGUGUGCCUGUGGAUGUGGCCUACCAGCGCGGCUACUUUGACCAGAUGCUGAACUCUAUCCUGUUGGACCCGUCUGAUGACACCAAGGGCUUCUUCGACCCCAACACGCACGAGAACCUCACCUACCUGCAGCUGCUGGAGCGCUGUGUACAUGACCCCGAGACGGGCCUGCACCUCCUGCCCCUGAGCAGUACACGACCCCAGCUGGUAGAUAGCUCCACCCGGCAGGCCUUCCAGAACCUGCUGCUAUCCGUGAGAUAUGGACGGUUCCGGGGGCGAAGAGUUUCUGCGUGGGAGUUGAUUAACUCGGAAUACUUCAGAGAGGACUGGAGGAGGCAGCUGCUGCAGCGUUAUCGGCGGCGCAAGGUCACGCUGGAGCAGGUCACUCAGCUGCUGGAGGAAGAGAUGAGGAGGUGGGCGGACAUCACACUGCCUGCGCUACAGGGCCGCGUCACGGCCUACCAGCUCCUGGAGGCCCGCAUCAUCACCCAGGAGCUCCUGGACCAGGUUUUGACAGGAGCGGUCAGCCCAGACGCCCUUCUUCACAUGGACCAUGUUCGCAGGUACCUUCGGGGCUCAGGCACUGUAGGCGGUGUGCUCUUACAACCCUCUAACCAGCGGCUCAGUCUCUACCAGGCCAUGAGGCAGAAGCUCCUGGCGCCUAGCGUAGCCCUGGCUUUGCUGGAGGCCCAGGCAGCCACGGGAGCCAUCACGGACCCCCGCAGUCUGGAGACCCUGUCCGUAGAUGAGGCUGUGUGCAGGGGAGUGGUGGGAGCAGAGGUGUAUGGCAAGCUGAAACGAGCAGAGCAUUCUAUCACUGGCUACAGAGACCCCUUUUCUGGGAAGAAGGUGUCCCUGUUCAGGGCCAUGAAGAAGGGCCUUAUCCCUGUGGAGCAGGCAACCCGCCUACUAGAGGCCCAGGUAUCCACCGGAGGGGUCGUUGAUCCCACAACCCACCUCCAUCUCCCCAUGCCCAUGGCAGUCCAGCGUGGCUGCAUCGAUCCGGAGAUGGAAGUGACCUUGUCCAGCUCUCCUGAGACCUUCCCCACACCUGAUGGCCGGGGACACACCAGCUAUGCCCAGCUUCUGGAGCAGUGUCUCCAGGACAAAGCCUCUGGGCUUCACCUCCUGCCUCUGACAGAAGAUGCUCCUACAGUCCCCACAGACACACAGAUCCAGGAGACCCUGCAGGCCUCAGCUGGCACCGAUGAUGGUUUGUCCCUCUGGGACCUGCUCACCUCUUGCUACUUUACUGAGGAGCAGCGCAGAGGGUUCCUUGAGGAUGUGAGGGUCGGGAAGACUUCUGUGCCGCAGCUACAGGACACUGUGCGCGCCUGGGUGCAGGAAGCAAAGCUCCUGGCCCGGGCCCACAUCACUGUGCCGGGCCCUCGGGGUGAGGUCCCUGCCAUUUGGCUAAGAGAUGCUGGUGUUAUCACCCAAGAGACACUGGAAACGCUGGCACAGGGCGCGCAGUCACCUGCUGAGGUAGCCAAACAGCCUGCUGUGAAGGCCUGCCUCUGGGGCACAGGCUGUGUGGCCGGUGUGCUGCUGCAGCCCUCGGGGACCAAGAUGAGCAUUGCCCAGGCUGUAAAAGAUGGCCUCCUGCCCACAGGCCUCGGCCAGCAGCUGCUGGAGGCCCAAGUGGCGUCUGGCUUCCUUGUCAAUCCGCUAACCAACCAGAGAUUGUCAGUGGAGGGUGCAGUGAAGGCUGGCCUGGUGGGCAGGGAGCUGAGCGAACAGCUUAGGCAAGCAGAAAGGGCUGUGAUGGGAUACCCAGACCCCUAUUCAGGAGGCUCCCUCUCUCUAUGGCAGGCCAUGGAGAAGGGGCUUGUACCCCAGAGUGAGGCUUUUCCUCUCCUGCAAGUACAGCUGGCCACAGGGGGUGUUGUGGACCCUGUCCAUGGAGUGCACCUGCCCCAGGCAGCGGCCUACAAGCUUGGCCUCCUAGACGAACCGACCAGCCAGAUGCUGGCCACCACUGAGAAGGAAAACAAGCUCUUUUUUGACCCCAACUCCCAUGAAAAGGUGACAUACCAGCAGCUCAAGGAACUCUGUGUGCUGGAUGCUGACACUGGCCUGUGGCUGCUGCCACUGACCCAGAACACUGUGCUUGAAGUGGAUGACCACACUGCAGUGGCUCUGAGGGCCAUGAAGGUGCCCAUCAGCAUGGGGAGGUUCCAAGGACACAGCGUGUCACUCUGGGACCUGCUACACUCUGAGUACGUUGGAGCCGAAAAGCGGAGGGAGCUGGUGGCACUUUGUUGUUCCGGGAGGGCUGCUGCCCUGAGGCAGGUCAUCAGUAUGGUCACCACCCUGGUGGAGGCUGCAGAGAAGCAGCCCCCACAGGCCACCUUCAAAGGGCUCCGGAAGCAGGUUUCAGCUGGGGACUUGUUUAGGUCCCAGCUGAUCAACAAGCAGACGCUGGAUGAACUCAAUCAGGGGAAGAGGACAGUCCAGGAAGUGACAGAGAUGGACAGUGUGAGGAGGUCCCUGGAAGGAGGCAACUUCAUCGCUGGAGUCCUUAUUCAGGACACGAAAGAGAGGAUGAGCAUCCCGGAGGCCUUGAGAAGGCGCAUUCUGAGGCCAGGCACAGCCCUGGUGCUGCUGGAAGCUCAGGCAGCCACCGGUUUCAUCAUUGACCCUGUGGAGAACCGGAGGCUAACUGUAGAGCAGGCCUUCCAGGCAGGGAUGUUUGGCAAGGAAACCUACACAAAGCUCUUAUCAGCCGAGCGUGCUGUCACUGGGUACACGGACCCUUACACUGGAGAACAGAUCUCACUCUUUCAGGCCAUGCAGAGGGACCUGAUCGUCAAGGACCAUGGCAUCCGCCUGCUGGAGGCCCAGAUUGCCACGGGCGGCAUCAUCGACCCAGUCCACAGCCACCGCGUGCCUGUGGACGUGGCCUACCAGCGUGGCUACUUCAAUGAGGAGAUGAACCGCAUCUUGGCUGACCCAAGCGAUGACACCAAGGGCUUCUUUGACCCCAACACUCACGAGAACCUCACCUACCUGCAGCUGCUGGAACACUGCGUGGAGGACCCCGAGACGGGCCUGUUCAUGUUGGAAAUUGUAAAGAAAGGAGAAACCUGCACAUACAUCGAUGAGGCCACAAGGCAAGCUCUGAGGUCCAGAACUAUGAAAAUGUACUUAGGGAAGUUUGCAGGCCAGACGGUGUCUGUGUGGGACCUGCUCUCCUCCCAGUAUUUUACAGAAGGAAGGAAAAGAAAGCUUUUGCGGGACUACAGAGCCCAGAACAUAGGCCUAGAGAAACUUCUGGAGGUUAUCACCUCCACAGUGGAAGAAACAGAGAAGCAAAACCAAAAAUUCAAGGUGGCAGGCAUACAUGGCGAAGUGACAGCCACGGAGCUGUUCAACGCUGGGAUCCUCGACAGGAAGAUGCUGGACGCACUUCACGGUGGGGAGAGGAGGAGUCAGGACCUCAGCAGGCUGGAGCAGGUAAAGAGCUACCUAGAAGGCAGCAGCUGCAUUGCUGGGGUGACCACACCCCUAACUCGGGAAGUGAUGAGUCUCUAUGCAGCCGGCAGGGAAGAACUCAUCCCGGCAGGGUUUGCGGCUCAGUUGCUGGAGGCACAGGCUGCCACCGGGUACCUAAUGGACCCCUGUACCCACCAGAGGCUGAGUGUGGAUGAGGCCAUCGCAUCUGGCCUGGUGGGUGAAGACCUGAGAGAAAGACUUGUGAAUGCAGAGAAGGCAGCGAAGGGCUACGAAGACCCAGCCACUGGGGAGACUAUCCCACUGUUCCAGGCCAUGGAGAAGAAGUUGGUCAGGAGGGAGGAAGCACUGAGGCUUCUGGAGGUGCAGGUGGCCACAGGCGGGGUCGUUGACCCACUUCACCACCACCGCGUGCCCCUGGAGGUAGCCUGCAGGCGAGGCUGUCUCUGUGAUGACAUGGUAGUCCUUGUUGCUGAUCAGAAACACAUGAGGAAAAGGUUUGUGGAUCCCAACACGCAGGAGAAGGUCACAUACCAGGAGCUGCAGGACAGGUGCCAGAGGGAGGAGAAGUCAGGCUGGGCUCUGUUCCCAGUGGUCAAGGACAAAAAGAACAUGGAGUAUGUUGACGAGGCCACCAAAAGGGCCCUGGAGGCAGAGCAGGUGGAGGUGACUGUGGGGAGGUACAGAGGCCAGAGGAUAUCUGUGUGGGAGCUCCUGAACUCAGAGUAUGUGUCACAGGACAAAAAGAUGGAGUUAGUUAGGCUAUACAAAGAAGACACAGAGCGGGCACUGCAGAAAGUGGUAAAACUUAUCCUACAAAUGAUUGCAGACAAGGAGGGGAAAAGCCGGCAGCUCUGGUUCCGAGGAUUACGAAUGCAGGUGACAGCAGAGGAAUUGCUCAGCUCAGCCGUCAUCACAAAGCAGACCCUGAAGGACCUGGAAGAAGGCAGAACCACAGUAGAUCAGAUUGAAAGGAAUGAAGAUGUGAGGAGAUACCUCAAAGGCACCAGCUGCAUUGCGGGCGUCCUGGUGCCCGUGCAGGGAGAGCCUGGGCGCCAGGAGAAGAUGAGCAUCUAUCAGGCCAUGUGGAAGGGCGUGCUGAGGCCUGGCACGGCCCUGGUGCUGCUGGAGGCCCAGGCGGCCACCGGCUUCAUCAUCGACCCGGUGCACAACCGCAGGCUGUCUGUGGAGGAGGCUGUGGCAGCAGGCGUGGUGGGGGGCGAGGUCCAGGAGAAGCUGCUGUCUGCUGAGCGGGCGGUCACGGGCUACACGGACCCCUAUACCGGGGAGCAGAUCUCCCUCUUCCAGGCCAUGCAGAGGGACCUGAUCGUCAAGAACCAUGGCAUCCGUCUUUUGGAGGCCCAGAUCGCCACAGGUGGUGUAAUUGACCCUGUCCACAGCCACCGUGUGCCCGUGGACGUGGCCUACCAACGUGGCUACUUUGAUGAGGAGAUGAACAGCAUCUUGGCAGACCCCGGUGAUGACACCAAGGGCUUCUUUGACCCCAACACACAUGAGAACCUCACCUACCUGCAGCUGUUGCAGAGAGCAACUCUUGACCCUGAAACUGGAUUAUUGUUUCUCUCUGUCUCUAAAGACUGAGUUUUAUGUUAUUUGCUGAGAUUUUAUGGAACAUGCCUUAGCAUUCUCACAGUGUUUGACUCUCAUAGUUAUAAUAUCUUUAUACUUUCAUGUCUGUUUUAAAUCAGAGUUUGACUUUUAGGUUAUUUUUUUUCUUCCUUCUCUCCAUGCUUUCCUUUAUUUUUAAUUUUUUUGUGCUAUGUAUGUUCCCAUUUUUUUUCCUAUAUAAAUGUUUCAUGUCAUUUCUUAUGACUGUUUUCUGUUGUUUUUUUAAUAGGAGCAUGGGCUUGGAGGAAGAGGUCUCUUCAUUCAGGCUCUCAUUUUAUUCCAGAAAACACCAUAAUCACUCACUGUGAUCACUCUGUAGUCCACACUGGUCUCAAGGCUGCUGGUAAUCUUUUUUUUUUUUUUUUUUUUCCGUGUUCUCCCAAGCACUGAGAUUGUUUGUGAAAGACAGUAUCUUGGCAAAGAAAGAUCUUCAACAUUCGGGCUGGACAGAUGUCUUAGCAGGGAAGAGAAAUGGCUGCUCUUCUACAUGACCUGGGUUCAGUUCCCUCACGGUAGCUCACAACUGUUUGUAGCUCCAGUUCCAGGGGAUAUGGCAUCUUCACAGACUUACGUGCAGGCACAAUGCAAACAUAAAAUAAAAAUAAAUAAAUCUUAAA